GUAAACAAAACAUUUUGCCGGAUUCAGUAGUGACUUGAAGUUGUAAUUCAACAUGGGUUUUCUGACCAUUCUUAAGAAAAUGAAACAGAAAGAAAAGGAAAUGCGGAUACUCUUGCUAGGACUCGAUAAUGCAGGCAAAACAACCAUCCUGAAGCGAUUCAACGGGGAGCCAAUCGAUCAGAUAUCUCCCACCCUCGGGUUUAAUAUCAAAACGCUGUACUAUAACGAUUACGUCCUCAAUAUGUGGGAUGUAGGAGGCCAGAAAUCACUACGAUCCUACUGGCGUAACUACUUUGAGUGCACCGAUGGGCUCAUUUGGGUUGUCGAUAGCACCGAUCGGAUGCGUAUGGAAUCAUGCCGGGAGGAGCUCAUGGUAUUGCUGCAGGAAGAGCGACUAGCUGGUGCCACGCUUCUGGUAAUGGCCAACAAGCAGGAUCUACCGGGAGCGUUGACAGGAAAUGAAAUCAAGGACAUUCUGGAGUUAGAUAAGAUCGAAACCCACCACUGGUCGAUACAGAGCGUCAGUGCCGUAACCGGUGGUAAACUAGUGGAAGCCAUCGACUGGCUGGUAGACGAUAUUUCCAAAAGAAUUUUCACGCUAGACUAAAAUGUAGCUAACCAUAUUUUAAUCUCUAUCUAUAAGUUAACAAUAACUUUAUUGAUAUUCUGAUUUCAUAAUACUACUCCGGCCUUGUUGCAUUAUUCCAUAUA